AUGCCUAAGCUGCGCUCGCCUCAAGUCCUCCGAGCGACAGUCGACUUUGCGAAACACCUGAAGAGCACAUACUCUGGCCUCAAUCUCAUCUUCGAACCUCGCGUCGCCCAGAUGGUGCACGACCAGCUCGACUUUCCCAUCCACACAUGCGACCCCUCGCAGUUCCCCGACAAGAUUGACAUGAUCACGACCCUCGGCGGUGACGGCACCAUCCUGCGUGCUGCCAGCCACUUCAGCGUCUACUCCUCUGUGCCGCCCAUCUUGGCUUUCAACUUUGGCACCAUUGGCUUCCUGGCCGAGUGGAAGUUCGAAGAGUACAAGCGCGCCUGGAGAGAAGCCUACAUGUCUGGCAGCAGGGUACCACACCAAGACCUCUUGACCCCGCACACGAGGGUCGCUACGGGGGAAAAAACACACGAAGCCGAAACGAAUGUAGCCUCUGGCUGGCAAGAUGCCCCGGGCAAGAGCAUGGGGCCGAGCCGAGCGUCCAAGAUUCUGCUUCGGCACAGGUUGCGCGUCGGAGUCUACGACCCCAACGGCCAGAACAUCAACAGCCAGCUGCACCCGACGACCAAGUCGCAGUCUCAUCUUCCCGCCGUGCCGCCCGAGGAUACAAAACUGGCGCACAAAGACUCGCCCCCGCAGAUUCAUGCCCUCAAUGAGAUCCUCAUCCAUCGAGGGCCGAAACCCCAUCUUGCCAUCAUCGACAUCUAUCUAAACAACCGGUUCCUGACCGAAGCUGUGGCCGACGGCAUCCUGCUGAGUACGCCUACCGGAUCGACGGCAUACAGCCUGAGUGCUGGUGGCUCAAUCAUUCACCCGCUCGUCAAAUCCCUCCUCAUCACGCCAAUCUGCCCGAGAAGUCUGAGCUUCCGACCGCUGGUCCUACCCCUCAACACGCAGGUCACUCUCAAAGUUAGCAGCAAGAACCGCGACGGCGAGCUCGAGGUCAGCAUCGACGGCAAGAGAAGUGCCGGCGUGCGCAUUGGCACCGAGAUCCGCGUCGAAGGCGAGGCUGUCGGCGUAACCAACGAUGGCAGCUGGAAGGGCGGCGUGCCGUGCGUCAUUUGCGGCCCCGGCAAAGGGGACUCCGCCGAGUUCGACGACGAUGGCUGGGUCGGAGGACUCAAUGGCCUCUUAAUGUUCAAUCAUCCCAUUGGAAGGGGGUGA